AUGGCGAUGGCGCUCCCCAUCGGCUCCGAACCACAAACCACCACUCUUCCAGCUCCUCAACCACCACAAAGUCUCCGCAACCCGUUGCCCCUAUCUGCGAGUCAGGAGGCUCAAGUCUUGUCUCCAGAAUUUGCCAAAUGUGCACAAGGCCGUACAUUUACAGUCGCAUGGUCCUGCCGUGUCCAGCAACUCGCCAUGAACAGCUGUAUGAUAGCUCACGCGACCAAAGCCGAAGAAGACGGUGCUCGAGAAGAUUGGUUUGCAGGUGUGAUGGAAAGGAAGAGGAAGAAAGAAGAAGAGUCGGUGGCAGUUGAGAAACGAAGAGUUGAGAUCAUUGAAUUAACAAGGCGACAAGAGGAGAAAGAAAAGGCCGAACUCGAACUGAAGAAAGCUCAAGAAGAAAAGAAUGCCAUCCCAAAGAAAAGUGGCUGGUUUGGAGGACGGUGA